GGCUCAAGCAAAACGAACAGGUCCGUAAAGCUGCCGAUAUCGAACUGCGCUUUCAUCAACAUAUUGCGUACAGCUUCCACCUCCAGAGCACGAAUGGCGGAUUUCCAUGUGGCAUUAUGCAUGAUGGGGUUUGUAGCUGCUGUUUCCAGCGAGCACGCAGACAUGCAGCUUAUGCAGAUGCAACAGGCUGGCGUGUUGCACGGCAGUGGAAUCUGGAUGCCGCAGCAGGGUUGCCACACCUCGGUUGAGGGUGAUGAGUGUUUCGACAAGGUCAUGUGGGCGAUGCGGACGGGCAUCCAGCAGCACCCAGAGUACUAUCGCCCUCUGACGAGAAAUUCCAGCUUCGAGGACUUCCAGCAACACUUGCACGGCACAGCCAGGCUCUCCGGCGUGUGCCCCAAGCCAUGUGCAGCGCCGAAGUCAGAGGAGCAAGCGCCUGCACCGGCAGCGGAGUGCCGCACCAGCGUCACGGGCGACGAGUGUUUCGACAAGGUCAUGUGGGCGAUGCGGACGGGCAUCCAGCAGCACCCAGAGUACUACCUUCCUCUGACGAGAAGUUCCAGCUUCGAGGACUUCCAGCAACACUUGCACGGCACAGCCAGGCUCUCCGGCGUGUGCCCCAAGCCAUGUGCAGCGCCGAAGUCAGAGGAGCAAGCGCCUGCACAGGCAGCGGAGUGCCGCACCAGCGUCACGGGCGACGAGUGUUUCGACAAGCUGCAGCGCCGAAGUCACAGCAGCGAGCUGAGCAGCAGGUCGGAACUCCAGCGCCAACAGUAAUCCAAUUGGAUGACCUACUCGUUUCAACCUACCCUGGAUACGUGCAAAGCGGCCAAAAUUGCGAGUGCGGAGCAGAGAUCAAAGCCUAUUCGGAAGAGUUCGAGACUCUCGAGUUAUGUGCCUCGGAGUGUUCCUUGUACCCAAACUGCAAGUCCAUUGGUCUUCACCCCUUCCUGUCAGUCUGGAAAGGCGGGUGCUAUCUUUACGAUGCAGAGUGUGGGUCAACGAAUGGGCAUGACUCCAACACCACCUGUGCCAAUCCAAUCCCGCAAGGAGCCCUUAGUGUCAACUUCAACAGGAUACCGACCCCUGCGCCCACUCCUGCACCUACGUCUUCAGUUGAGCCGUGCGACGUCACCGAUGGAUCGUCUCCGAGCUCUUUCUACCCGUGUCAGUGCGGGCCUGACAUGUGCGUUACAAACGAGGUCUGCUCAGGUGACAGGCGAGGCUUUUCGUGUUCUCCUCCGGGCAUUCUGAAGGUAGAGUGGCCGUGCCUGACGACUUCUAUCGGCAGCCCUUACUUCGUGUUUUACGGGAGCAGUGCAAGCGGAGCGCCAGUGUACAGCAACACCGACGGCAAUUACAUAUAUUGGGACUAUUCGUGUGAUGGCAUCGACCGGCCUCUGAAGUACGCACAGCCGCGGUGGAUUCUGGACUCUGAAGAACCAAACAUGACAGCAACUAUGGAUUUAGAUUCUGAUGCGGGCUGCGCUUAUUUCGGGCAUCAUGGUAGUUCAGAUUCUAAUGGUGUCCCAUUGGGGAACACAACUUGGUUGGUGGCAUGCGACGGCCAAGGCCUCAACAUGACGGUGACGAUCACUUACGAGGAGAUCCUCCCGACUCCGUCGCCGACGAUGGAGCCCGGGGCACCGUGCGUUUGUGACGACGCGUGCGGCUCGUUUUCUUACCUUGAUUUGGAUGGUGAUGAGUGCCUUGUGGAAGCGGAGGUGAACAAGGACGAGAAUCUCAACGGGCACUUUACCGAGAUGGACGAGAACGGGGAUGGAUGCGUGACCCAGGCAGAGUGUGGCAAUUCUCCAUACUCGAAAGACAUGUCUAGGUUCCCAAUCGGGGGUCCCGCUGAGUGUGACUACGGAUACUACUUUCUGGAGGGCACCAGCGUCUGCCAGCAGUGCACCACGGGCUCCACUCGGCGACGCCGCUCGGAGGCAUGCACUGACUGCGCCCCUGGCAAAGAAGACCUGGGCGACUUCGACAACUGCAUCUCGGGGGUAUGGCUCACCGAGCCCAUAUCAACUGGGUCCGACGUCGUCUUCGUCAACAAGGCCCUCGACGACAGCGGCCGCGUGCUGCAGAAGGGCGACGGGAUCACCAUGUCCACACGCAACCCUGGGCACUUCGAGAGACUGGUCAUCACCGACAAGAUCGGCUUCGAUGACAGCGAGAGGCUGUCGCCAUACCACGAGUCUCUGCUCCGCAGAGGUGGGCCCUUCUUUAUCCUCGACCACGGAGUGCACGCGGGGUUCAACAAGUACGACGCGAUCGUCUCGGCCUGCUCGAGCACCAACGGUGUCGGACUCAGCGAGCAGUAUCCUUGCGGAUGCGGCAUUGAAAUCUGCGAUUUCGGGUACAGGUGUGACGAGCAGUGCGCUGGGAGCAACACCGUUAUCGAUCCCUACCUAGGCAGCGGCUUCGGAGACGGCGGGUGCUGCAUUGGACCCCCAGCCUCUCCGUUGCCGACCCCGGCCCCGACGGUGUCGGCCAAGGGUGACCCGCACCUGGUCAAUCUUCAAGGCGAGCAUUUCGACGUCAACCACGGCGGCGAGUUCACUCUGCUGCGCAUCCCGCAGGCCGCUGACAGGACCGCCGAGGUGGAGCUCCAGGCCACCAUCCGCCCCGAGCACGGGAAGCCAUGCACCACGUACAUCACUGCGGUUGAGCUCUCGGGUGCUUGGUUCGGCGGUAUCGUCGUGCAGGUGCGCUCCUACCUGCGGUCGCACUCCAAGAACGAAAGCGACUCGUUCUUGGGCCUCCGAGUGAUUGAGCGGGGCGCAUCUCGCGAAGCUCCCUGGUCGAGACUCGAGGACUGGGCCGAUGGGAAGACCGCCCUGUUCGAGCAGCAGGCCCGAGAUGGCGUCACGGUGACAAUGUCCAAGUCGCAGUGGCGCACCAAGAAGGGCGUGAAGGAGGGAUUGCCGACCAUAGCUGGGGAACUUCAGGUCAUGAUGCAGAACAAGAUGAGCGAUACCUCCGCCAUGAUCAUCGUCCGUCAAGACCUACCAUUGCAGGAGCAUCUGAAUUUGGCUGUGCGGCGCUUGAGCGCACUCGGGCGUGCAGACAUUGGUGGCCUGCUUGGGUUUGAUGCGCAUGCCGAGUCGCUGGAGGAUGUCACACCUGAGUGCCAGCGUCAUAGGGACGGGUUGGACAAGAAGGCGGGCCCCAAGGCUGUGCCGAGCUGGAAGGUGAGAUGGCAGAAGAUCAAAGAGCAGCGCGCCAGCAGUCGUGCACCUGGCGGGUCGAUCAACGACAACGAGGCGGGGGCCAGCCUCGUCAACAGGGACAUGAUGUGCAUCUGCUCCGACGCGGAGCCGAGUGACGUCACGGAGGAGACCGACCGCUCCAUGAACUCCGCCAGCUUGAUCGGCGCAGGGCGCGACGGAGUCCUCGCAGAGUUCCGCACGGCCCGGCUUGCCGAGGCAACGUGGGAUUGAUGGCGGUCUGUGCGGUGUCUUGGGCGCGUCCGCCGAGCCGCCCGCCCUCGGGACGCACCGCUGACAGGCCCGCCCGCCGACCACCCGCCCCCGCUCGCCUCCGCCCCUGCGGGGCCCCCUUCCGCUCGCGGCCGCAGCGGCCUCCGGGGGGCGAGGCCCUGGAGGAGAGAUGUCUCCACAGGAUUCCCACCGCGGCUGGGUCACCGUUAACAUGUGUAUUAUGCAAGUUUUCAGUUUUUCGGCAAGCGGGUCCGCCGAUUGGGCGGAUCCGCGGGCCGAGCUUCCGCAGGGAGAGGAGAUGGAGGUGG